AUGGUGGGUGAUAGCCAUAGCUCCGUCAACGGCGUGAAUGGGACGCAUCAUGACGGUAGCAAUGGCACGACGACAGAGCCUAAGACAAUGCCGCUGGCUAUUGUCGGCAUGGCCUGUCGUUUUGCUGGUAGUGCCACGAGCCCUGAAAAGCUCUGGGAGCUAGUCUCACAUGGCCGGGACGCAUGGUCUGAAAUCCCGACCAGUCGGUUUAAUCAGAAGGCCUUCUAUCAUCCUGAUUCUAACAGGCUUUCCACAAUGCAUGUGAAAGGCGGCUAUUUCUUGGAGGAAGAUGUUGCCGCUUUCGAUCUCUCCUUUUUUAACAUGACUGCCGAAGCAGCUGCAGCAAUGGAUCCCCAGCUUCGAAUGCAGCUAGAAAUCGCAUUCGAAGCCUUUGAGAGCGCUGGUAUACCCCUGAGCAAGGUUAUGGGCUCCAGGACAUGUGUAUUUACCGGGGCUUUUACCAGAGACUACGACGACGUGGCAAGUCGUGACCCCUUACACACGCCACGGUCCUUUGUCACGGGAAACUAUGGCACGAUGUUGGCCAACCGCGUUUCACACUUUUUCGACCUUAAGGGGCACAGCACAUCCAUCGAUACAGCAUGCUCGACAUCGCUAAUGGGGCUCCAUCUCGCCUGCCAGAGCCUGCGUUCGGGAGACACAGAUGCUGCCGUGGUCGGCGGCACGAGCCUCCAUUUGAGCCCUGAGCCGUUUUCAGAAUUAUCUACAGUCGGAUUGUGUGGCCCAGACGGUAAGUGUUAUGCCUUUGACCAUCGGGCCCAGGGCUACGGCCGCGGCGAGGGUGUGGCGGCGCUAGUAGUAAAACGGCUUUCGGAUGCCGUCCGGGACGGAGACCCGAUCCGGGCCGUGAUCCGCGAAACGAGAGCCAACCAAGACGGUAAAACGGCAACUAUCACAUCACCCGACGCCGAGGCCCAGCGGCGCCUCAUAGAAGAGUGCUACGCCGCUGCUGGCUUAGAUCCGCUCAACACGGAUCUAGUGGAAGCGCACGGAACGGGCACCACGGUUGGUGACCCGCUCGAAGCCAAAGCUAUCAGCCAGACACUCGGCCGUCAUAGACCCCCCGGGAGGCGGCUACAAAUAGCCUCGGUGAAGACAAAUUUGGGCCAUACAGAGGCCGCGUCAGGCCUAGCAUCGGUAAUCAAGAUGGUCAUGUCUUUCGAGCACAAGGCGAUAGCUCCAAGCAUAAACUUCGAAAAACCAAACCCCGAUAUUGACUUAGAAGGUCUGGGGCUUCAGGUACCCACAAGUCUACAAGCCUGGUCAUCUUCAGGUAUCCGACGUGCCUCAGUAAAUAACUUUGGCUUUGGCGGAACAAAUACACAUGUCAUCUUAGAAGAGGCCGACGGGCUUCUCCACAAGCCGGCCACAAAUGGCUUCGCUGUUCAACCCAAACGUCCCCGCAACCAACUGUUCGUGCUCAGCGCUCACCAGAAGGCGACUGCAAGCAGGAUGGCCGCCGAACUACAGGAGUACCUCGAACAGCGACGUGACGUCUACGCUGACGAUGCUUCGUUUGCAGAUCUAGCAUACACGCUCUGUGAGCGGCGGAGCCGCUUCUCAUGGACCGUGACAGCCACUGCCAGCAGUCCAAUAGACUUAAUCACGGCUCUAGAGGCUCCGCCAAUUCAAAAUACGAGCAUAGGUAAAAAGCCCCGGCUGGGGUUCGUUUUUAACGGUCAAGGAGCGCAGUGGUUCGGUAUGGGUCGAGAGCUAGCCAGCGCGUAUCCGGUGUAUGCUCGAACGCUGAAAGAAUGCGACGUCGUUCUACGUUCAUUUGGUGCAAAGUGGUCUCUUCUUGAAGAACUUAGUCGCAGCGACACGACAACACGCGUUAACGAUGUUGAAUUCAGCAUGCCCCUAUCAUGUGCCGUUCAAUUGGCACUAGUGCGGCUCCUGAUUGACUUUGGCUUCGAACCAACUGCUGUGACCGGCCAUUCAAGUGGUGAGGUGGCUGCUGCCUUUGCCGCUGGCGCGUUGAGUCUUCGGGAGGCAAUGGCAUGCACUUAUUUCCGUGGUCUUAUCAAUUCCGAGCACCUUGCCGAGGCCGACGAUAUCAGUGGUGGCAUGAUGGCCGUGGGUCUAGGCCCCCAUGAGGUAAAGCCGUACCUCGACGGUGUUCAAUCUGGCAAAGUCGUAGUGGCCUGUGUGAACAGCCAGUCCAGCGUGACCCUAUCGGGUGACAUAGCGGCGAUUAAAGAACUUGAAGCACUGUUCAAGAAAGAGGGCACGUUCGCCCGAGCACUUCGAGUACAGGCUGCCUUCCAUUCUCACCACAUGUUACCUCUCGAGGAAGAAUAUCUCGCAGCCUUGAAGCAGCACAUGAAUAUAAACCCGGACAAGAAGAGAGCUUUCGAUGACGGUGUCUCCUUCGUGUCCCCUGUAACAGGAAAGCGGAUCUACGACGCCGAAAGGCUCGGUCCGCAGCAUUGGGUUCAAAACAUGACGCAGCCUGUGCUAUUUGCGAGCUCGUUUCACAAUAUGAUUUCCGACGAGAUAGAGGGACAGCAGCAGGUCGAUAUCGUCAUUGAAGUCGGCCCGCAUAGCGCCUUGGCUGGUCCAAUCCGCCAGAUCCUGAAGGGAUCCCCAUCUCUCAAAAGUCUGGCUGUGCCGUACGCAUCUUGCCUUGAAAGAGGAAAAGACGCCGUACGUACAAUACAAACUCUCGCAGGUUUUCUUGUCGAGAGAGGAUAUUCUGUAAGCACGGCACAAGUCAACUCACCGAACGGAGAGGGCGCAUCUCACGUUGUUACCGGUCUUCCAUCAUAUCCCUGGAAUCAUACGCAGAGAUUCUGGUCCGAGUCGCGUAUGUGCGUCGAGCACAGAGAACGUGAACAUCCUCCACACGAAUUGCUGGGUACACGAUUACCAGGUACUAGCAACAAGUCUCCCAUCUGGCGGCACGUCAUCCGAGCCGAGGAAAUGCCCUGGCUGAGAGAACACGUGGUACAGAACACCAUGGUAUAUCCAGCUGCAGGUUAUAUCGCCAUGGCCGUCGAGGCAAUGCGCCAAGUACAUGCAUCAGAGCAGACCACUAUCGCAGGGUACCAACUAAGCGAGGUAGAAAUCGUUAAAGCGGUGGUUAUUCCAGAGAGCUCAGAAGGAGUCGAGAUACAGCUGUUUCUCGAGCCGACCAGCGAGAAGUCCUUGGACCAAGGUAAACGCCAAUUCCGCAUAUACAGUGCUGGUGGAGAAGGCAGUUGGGACGAGAUAUCUAGAGGAUUCAUUUCCAUUGAAACGAGCGAGUCAACUCAAAGCUCUCCUUUACUACCAUCGACGGGCGAUAUAGACUUCCACGACGACUUGCCCCGCGAAAUUAAGCCCGCGGAACUAUACUCGACGCUUCAUAAGGUCGGUAUCGCACACGGACCGAUCUUCCAGAAUUUGCUCCAUAUUCGGGGAGGCAGCGACUGUUCUGCAGCCGAGUUCCAGGUGCUAGACACAGCAACCUUGAUGCCGUAUAGCUUCCAACCACCCCAUGUAAUCCAUCCCGUCACUCUUGAUCAAGUCUUCCAGGCCGCCUACACCACUCUUUCUCCCGAGGCCGGGGAGACGGUAGGCACAGCUGUGCCUCGCUCUAUCAAGUCCUUGUACAUCUCCGCGCAAACCAGCUCAGAGCCAGGAGAUCAUCUGAAGGCUUUCUCCCAGCUGAAACACCAUAACCAUCAGGGGUUUGAAGUGAUAUCGGCUGUCCUUCCCGCAGGCAAAAAAGGUGACAUCUCACACGCACCGGUGAUCGAAUUGGACAGAAUGCGGUUCCAGUCGGUGGGAUACGGGGCUGAGAGCAAAAAGAGUACAAGACAGGUGCUCGCCGACGUUUGUGCCUUCAUCGACUACGAACCUAGCUUUUCUCUCAACGACCCGGCCACCAUGGUUGAGCGGCUACGGCUCCCAGUUAACGCGGAAGAAAAAGCCAUCGGCAAAGAUUUAGUACGCGCGACUUAUUACCUUAUAUCUGACGCGGUCGCCCAGUUAACAGAAAACGACAUACAAACCCUCGAGCCACACCAUAAGAAGCUGUAUGGCUGGAUGCAGCAGCAGCUUGAAAAGGCCGCGUCCGACGAGCUAGCUCCAAAGAGCUCGAGGUGGGCCAAAGCCUCGGCCGGUGCCAAGGCGAUGUUACUGGACCGAGUAGCUAAGACCGGACCGACCGGGGAGCUCACGGUUCGUGUAGGGCGCCAUCUGGUCCAGAUAUUGCGGCGUGAAAUCGCUCCGCUUGAGACGAUGCUCGAGGGUGGAUUGCUCUACAAUUUCUACAAGGAGAUGUUGCAUUUUACUGCAUCAACGUCUCAGCUAGCCGAGGUCGCAGCCAUGUACGCCCGGGAGAACCCUAACGCUCGCAUGCUCGAGAUUGGUGCCGGCACCGGCGGUUGUACAGAACCCGUCCUACGCGCGCUAGGUGGCGACGGCAAUGGACCGGCUCGGUUCGAACACUACGACUAUACCGACAUCUCGUCCGGUUUCUUCCAGGCGGCUCGCGAGCGCUUUGCCCUCUGGGGGCAGAGGAUUAGCUAUGCGCCGUUGAAUGUCGAAGCAGAUCCCAUACCACAAGGGUUUGGCCAGAAUAGCUACGACCUCAUUAUCGCAGCCCAAGUGUUGCACGCGACAAAAGACAUACAUGCAACAAUGCGCAACGUACGGAAGCUAUUGAAGGACGGCGGUCGGCUGCUGAUGGUCGAGACUACUAAGGACUGGCCCGCUCAGCAUCUCAUAUUCGGCACACUUCCCGGCUGGUGGUUGAGCAAGGAACCCGAACGAGCCAUGAGCCCAAACAUGUCCCUUGACAUGUGGCAAGGUGUUCUGAAGAAUACAGGCUUCAGCGGCCUAGACGCUGACGUGUGGGACUGCGAGGAUGAGGAACACCAAGCGUCCAGCGUACUCCUCACUACGGCUGCGCGGCAGCAAGACCUUCCCGUUGUCAGCAAUCAUGACGUAGUCCUAGUUUAUGAUGCUGCUUCAUGCACGGCUUCUCCCCCAGAGACAUGGAUUCGUGGUCUCGUGACAGAUAUUUCCAGUCUGACAGGGGAAACGAUAACUCCAGUUAUCGCGAAGAUGGGAGAGGCCGACGUAACAAAUAAGGUGUGCUUAUUCGUGUCUGGACUCCAAGGUGCACCGUAUACGAUAGACGCGUCAAAUUUUGAUGCCAUCAAAUCUCUUAUGACCUCCUCUAGGGGCAUGCUGUGGGUUACGUAUGGAUCCACGAUCGACUGUCUGGUGCCCGAAAAUGCACUACCAGUAGGCCUCCUUCGUACCUUCAGGACCGAAGAUGCUAGUCGCCGCCUCGUUUCCCUCGACCUAGAUCCAGCCCGUGCGGCAUGGGAUACAGUAUCGCACAACAUCUUGGCUCGGGUAUUUGCUGCUACUUUUGCAUCCUCUAGUGACCCUCUUGAUGUUGAGUUUUCCGAACGGGGUGGCGUAAUUUUGGUACCGCGGAUUGGACGCGAUGGAAACGAGAGUUCGUCUUUUGCCGGCACGACGGGCAAUCCCGAGAUGCAACCAUUCAUGCAGCCCGAAGCCCGGCAGCUGAAGAUGGAGGUCACUAUUCCGGGUCAGCUAGAUACUAUGAUAUUUCGAGAUGACGAGGAGGCUGGAAUGUCGCUACCUGGCGACUGGUUAGAGAUACAGCCAUGUGCCUACGGACUCAACUUCCACGACAUCAUGACCGCCAUGGGCCAGUUGGACGAAGCGCAGGAGCUAGGCCUCGAAUGCGCCGGCGUUGUCACCCGCGCAGGAUCUAGCGUGACCGAUCUCAGCGCGGGCGACCGAGUCAUGGCACUGACCCUGCAUGGUCAUUUUGCUUCUCGCGUACGAGUGCCCCGGACUAACGUCGUUCCCAUACCUGACGACAUGCCAUUUCCGGAAGCAGCUGGCUUUGGCCUGGUGUUUGCAACGGCCUAUUAUGCCAUGUUUGAAGCCGCAGGGCUAGAACCCGGCGAAACGGUGCUGGUCCACGCCGCAGCAGGAGGCGUCGGGCAGGCUUGCAUUAUGUUGGCACAGUGGAAAGGGGUCAACGUGUUAGCCACGGUAGGCACUCCCGAGAAAAGGGCUUUUCUCAAGGACACAUACGGUAUUUCUGAUACCGAUAUCUUCUCUAGCCGGGACUCUUCCUUUGGCCCUGCGGUACUCGCAAGUACAGGUCGACGAGGAGUCGAUGCUGUUAUCAACUCGCUCGCCGGGCCACUACUACGAGUGAGCUGGGACAUCUUAGCUUCCCACGGGCGCUUUGUCGAAAUUGGUAAACGCGACAUCCAUCAAAACAUGGCACUAGAGAUGGGCAUCUUCAAAAAGGCUGUCAGCUUUACCGCAGUUGAUUUAGUACAACUCAGUGACCAACGCGGUCGCGUGGUCCAGCGGGUAUUGACCGAAGUAAUAGAUUUGCUCAAGGCGAAAAAGGUUCGGAAUAUAUCACCAAUAACCACUUACCCUAUGUCCAAGCUUGAGCAAGCGUUUCGAACGAUGCAGGCUGGGAAACACAUUGGGAAGCUGGUUGUGGUACCCGAGGCUAGGGAUAUGGUGAAGACUUUGCCAGUCCGUAACACAGCCAGGCUCAAUCCGGAUGCCACGUACAUCGUUAUCGGAGGGUUAGGCGGCCUAGGACGGUCUAUUGCGCGAUGGUUAGUCAACGUUGAUGCGAAGAAUAUUCUUCUUCUCUCUCGUCACGCCAGUUCAAGCCCUCAUGCGCAAGCGUUGCAAGCGGAACUAGCCCCUUUGGGAGCCAUAGUAAGAACACGCGAUUGCGAUGUGAGCGACUUAGCCAAUCUUCAAGAUGUGCUGGCUGAGUGUGGGAAGACAAUGCCUCCCGUGCGUGGUGUUGUGCAUGGUGGUAUGGUGCUCGACGAUUCCAUCUUGGAGCGAAUGACAGCAGCCCAGUGGCAGGUGGCCCUGGGCCCGAAGGUGACGGGAACGCGAAAUAUCGAUACACUAUUCUCGAACCCGACAUCUCUAGACUUCUUCAUCAAUCUCUCUUCAUUCGUGGGCGUUACCGGCAAUCCGAGUCAAGGUAACUACGGAGCUGGUGGUGCUUUUCAAGACGCCAUCGCCCGAAGGAGGGCAGCUCGCGGCCUCCCGUGUGUGACGAUUGACCUAGGGCCUGUCAAGAGUGUAGGUUUCGUGGCCGAAGAUAAAUCGGUUGCCGAUAGGCUUCUUGGUUCUGGUCAUUUCCGGCCGCUGGAGGAGACUGAUCUCUGGCAGUUGAUGGACUACGCUGUGCGCGUGCCUGUACGUUCAGUCCGCACAGCUCAGGUCAUUGCAGGAAUUGCUGGUAGCGCCGUUAGGAAUCAAAACACAACUGCUCCCUGGACACGAGAGUUGCGAUUCGCCAAACUAGCCAGUGAUGACGAGGAGCUCAAUGGUAGUAGUCUUGCGGAAACCUCUGAUCCAACGAAGGCCCGGGGUUCGGCAGCGGCCAAUCUAAAGCAGCGCCUCGCAGGCACCCAGAGCACCGAAGAGGUGGCAGAGCUCAUCGAGCAGGCCGUAAUAAACAAGGUAGCUGACAUGUUUGUGGUGCCCGAGGAAGACAUUGAAGCGACUCAACCGUUAUCCAAGUACGGCGUUGACUCGCUGGUCGCCGUUGAGCUCCGGAACUGGCUGGUCCCUGCCACGCAGUGUGAGAUAUCCAUCUUUGAUCUGUUAGGUGCCAAGUCCCUGCGAGACCUAGCGCAGAACAUCGCUAGAAUAAGUCAAGCAGCUCCUGUAUCGUAG